GGAGGAGGAGGCGGGGCCCUUCCACACUCUCAGUGACAGGGAGGGAGGGGGAGGUGGAAGACACCCGAGUGCGCAAUAGGCGACGAGAGCCCUCCAACAUGGCGAUGAGGGAGGAGGGGGAGUCAGCGGCGGGCAAGAGGCCGGAGGAGAGCGGCCGCAACGGCUACGUGAAGAGCUGCGUGAGCCCGCUGCGGCCGGACGGCGGGCUGUCGGUGUGCCGCUGGUGCAGCUGGCAGCGCCUGGGCUUGGCGCGUCGCGGGUUGCCGGCAGCCGGCUGCCGCUGCGGCUGGGGCUGGCUGGGGCUGGGGCUGGGCGGCGGCGGCGGGGCCCUGGCGCUGAUGUUACUCUCUGUGCUGGCCCGCCGCUGCCCCGACUCCCAGCUCGUAUGGUCGUCGCUGCACAGCCUGCAGGCGGCCUGUGCCGCCGCCUUCCAUUCGCUCAGCCCGCUCUUCAGCAUCUGCUGCGCCUUCUUCUGGCUCACGUUCUACCUGAGGAAGAGCCGGAGGGACAGCAGCACGGCGUGGCUGCUGGCACUGCCACCAUGUUGCUACCUCGGGGACUUUGUGGUGGUGCAGGUGGUGCUGGGCGAGGAGCGGCUGCUUCUCUGCAGGUUGCUGGCCCCGGCCGCCGUGCUCGGCUGCGUGGGAUUGUUGACACUACUCUCCACUCUGAAAGUGAAGCAGAGCGUCCUGAUCCUACUCUUCUCCAGCGUGGUCCGCCUGGCCUCCAUCACCAGCCUGCUCGCCCUGCCUGCUGCCCUGCGACCUCUCUUGGCCUGUGGCGUCGGCAUGCUGGGCGCCGUGGUGGCCGUCUACUUCGAUCACUUGUUUCCUCGGGAAACCCGUCGCAGGACUGCCCCAGAAGAAAAGAUACCGGUGAUUAAACCCCGCAGGAGGUCGAGCUGUGCCUCUUUGGGAGAAACAUCAACCAACUAUUACGGUGGUAGCAAGAUGCCCCGGAGGACGUCUCUGCCUUGCAUAUCGAGAGAGCAGAUGAUCCUAUGGGACUGGGACCUAAAGCAGUGGUUCAGAAGUUAUCAAUAUCAGAAUUCUAGCAGUGGGUGUGGUGUGGAUCUCGCUGUUAUGGGUGAGGCACAGAGCUUGGUUACAGACCUACUUGCUGACCCUUCAGUCCCAUCUAAUAUGGCCUCAUCACUGCGAACUAUCAACAGCCUAAUCGUAUCCCAGCUCACAUACUCGAAUACACACCGACCACGAGUGAACCCCCUUACAUCAUUCUCCGAUUCUUACACCUGUUCAGAAAUGGAGGAUUCAUCAGAUAAAGGGGAAAGAAUGUUUCCAAAGCGUUUGAGAAGAAGUUUACCGACUGGACAGCUAAGAAGGAAUACAGGAACAUGGACAACUACCACAUCAGCAACUGGUUUGCCAACAAUGGAGCCUGCUCCUUUGAGGUGGGAUCGGAACAAUAGCAUGAAACUGCACCUCGAGAGUGGGUCAGUGAGUGGUUUAGGUAUAGGUUCACAAGCAAAUGGACCUUCCAGUUCAAACUUGUUGACGAUUCCCAAAUCUCGAUCUGCAUCCUUAUCUUUAACAUCUCACCACAUUGGACCCAGACGAGCAGGUACCUCUCCUAGUCUCAGUCCUGUGAAUUCCCCAAUUCAUGGACCAGGAGCAGUUACAAGUUUUAACCGGUCACCAGUAGAAUUUCCUGAUACAGCUGAUAUUUUGACCAAACCCACUGUGAUUCUCCAUAAGCCAAUUGGAUACAUGCUUAGUUCUCCAGACUUUCAACAAUCAGUUAGAAGCUCAAUACUCUGCAGCAGUUGUGGCCGAUAUGUGGCUCGACCUGUUCAAAAUACCGAUUUGCAAACUGUUGCAGAAUCACCACAUGUCAAGAGAACAGAUGGAAAUAAUGAAAAUGCUGCUGGUAGCAAUGAAUCAAAACACUCAAAAGAUACAGUGGGAGCAGAAGGUGAUGAGCAACUCGAAAACAAAGCAUCCAAGAACUUUACAAAUCAUGAUGAUCAGCUCAUUGAGGGACAGGAUAAUAAAUCUGGGGAGCCAGACAUUUUGGUUGACCCAACAGAUACACAAAGCACAGGGCGGUGCAUGGAUAAGCUAAAUAGUUGGAAUUUUCCCAUUUUCGAACUUGUGGAAAUGACAGGAGGACAAUCUGGAAGAAUACUUAGUCAGGUCAUUUAUUCCCUGUUUCUUGAUACUGGCUUAUUUGACCUUUUCAAAAUCCCUGUUCGGGAGUUUAUUAACUAUUUUAGUGCACUGGAGAAUGGUUAUCGUGACAUUCCUUAUCACAACCGAGUCCAUGCCACUGACGUGCUUCAUGCUGUUUGGUACUUAACAACAAGACCCAUUCCUGGAUUCCAGCAAAUAAACAGUGAUCAUGUCACAGGAAGUGACACAGAUUCUGACAGUGGAAUAUCUCCAGGCCGGAUUGCCUAUAUAUUUUCCAGAAGUUGUACUCUUACUGACGACAGCUACAGUUGCCUUGCAUCAAACAUCCCAGCUCUGGAGUUGAUGGCACUUUAUGUUGCAGCUGCCAUGCAUGAUUAUGAUCAUCCUGGGCGUACCAAUGCAUUCUUAGUGGCAACAAAUGCACCUCAAGCUGUCCUGUACAAUGACAGAUCUGUCUUGGAGAAUCAUCAUUCUGCUGCCGCAUGGAACCUAUUUAUGUCUCGUUCGGAGUUCAACUUCUUGGCAAAUCUAGAUCAUGUUGAAUUCAAACGGUUUCGUUUCUUGGUGAUUGAAGCAAUUUUGGCAACUGAUCUGAAAAAACAUUUUGACUUCCUUGCCGAGUUUAACUCCAAGAUAAAUGAAGUUAACAAUCCAGGAAUCGAUUGGACCAAUGAGAAUGAUCGUUUAUUAGUGUGCCAGGUGUGCAUUAAGCUGGCUGAUAUCAACGGUCCCGCCAAGAGAAGGGAACUGCAUCUACAAUGGACAGAAGGCAUUGUCAACGAAUUCUAUGAACAGGGUGAUGAAGAGGCAAGCCUUGGGUUACCGAUUAGCCCUUUUAUGGACCGCUCUUCACCGCAGCUGGCAAGGCUGCAGGAAUCUUUUAUAACACAUAUUGUAGGGCCUCUGUGUAACUCCUAUGAGGCCGCAGGAUUACUGCCAGGUCAGUGGGUGGAUGAAGAGGAUAUUGAUCCGGAAUGCGGCGAGGAUGAUGAUGAUGAUGAGGAUAUGGAAGAUUUCGAAUCUGAAGAUGAAAUUGAUGAUGACGAUCUUGAUCUCCAAAGAAGACAUAGGAGGAAGAGGAAACGGAGACAGAGAGUUUUUUGCCAGAUUAUGCACCACCUAACUGAGAAUCAUAAACUGUGGAAGAAAGUAAUAGAAGAUGAGGAGCAUGAACAGCAACGCAAGUCAGAGCUAAAUCUGCAACAGACAGAUAGUUCAUCCUUACCUCAAACUUCGGAUGACAUCCAGGUAAUUGAAGAAGCGGAUGAGGAGGAAGAGAAGCAACAAGCGGAGGAGCAGUAGUGCUGAGAAGAUGCAAUGCUAAUUAAAUAACAUAGUGCUGACAUUAGAAACUGUUGUACUAUGUUAAAAGGCCUUAUUACUGUGAGAGGGUUCUGGCACUCACCAGGAUCCCAGUCCUAUGCACUUUUGCCCAUGGAAAGGUUUGAGUUUGUAUACCAUGAAUCAAAGCCCAUUGUGCCAUUUGGUGUCGAGAUGUUUUCGUUCUGAUGCUGCCUUGCAGAAUAAAGAGGUGCUCAGUUUCCAUGCGGUACUGGAGGAUGUUGCAAAAACUUCAGCUUAGCAACUGCUGUUACCAAAGUGAACUGAAAGUUUACCAUUUUCCGUUAUUAAGGAGGAAGGUGGAUUUUAAGCAUGUAUCACAUGUCGGGUGGACUUGAAAUCUGCAGGUUGUACCUGUCGGAGGUCAGAAUGGAGUACUGCGGUAAAGAGCCUGUUAUAAGGACCCUUGUUUUUGUUUCUCUCUAAAAUAAUCUGAUUUAAUGCAGGUAACAGAUAUCAAAUCCUUGUCUCAUUAUAUGACUGAAAGAAAUGUUAGAGUGACUGAAAAAUCAAGCUGCAUCAUUUUUCUGAUGUCUUUUAAUGUUGUGUACAAAUUGUCUUGUUUGGUUUUUGUGCUGGAAGUACUCAGAAAUGUGCAGUGGCCAAGCGUUUCAGUUUGCUCAAACUUCACCGUAUCAUUGUUCUGUGAUAGAACACAGGGGUGAUAUUAAUGAUGAAGGGAUUCCCUUUAAUGGUAUAUUGUUUUUUUUUCACUGCAACUCAGGAUCCAUGCAAAGCUACGAGAAGCAAUGCCAUUGGGGGGGACGGUGGGGAAGUCAAUUGACAAGUAAAUACCUUAAUCCAUUUUUAGUUGGAAAGUUAAAUUGAUCUUUCAAGUCAUGUAUCAUAAACAAGCUUCCUCACUUAUGUAUCUGCAUUGCUAGUAAUACAAGUUGGUUAUUGCACAUCAUCAUGCUGAAAGGCUGCUGUGUAUUGCAGUCAGUAUACUAUGGAAAUAGUAUAAUUGCCAUAUGGUUUCAGUAUGAUGGAAUAUGGCAUAUUGUAUAAUAUGUGGUUCCACUAUUAUUUUCCACAAUAUAAAUUCUAGACAUUCCACAAGGGCAUCGUACUGCUCCGAUGUAUUUAUCUGCAAACUCAUCCAGUGUAAAGGUGGUUGCAAAAAAAUGCAUGUACAGCUCUUACACAAUAUUUGUAAAUUAGUUUAGGCUGCGGGUAUGUAACUUUCUUAUGCAGACUGUACAAAAUAGUUACCAACAGUUGUGCACCUUUUUUUCAUACCAAACAGAUGUUUUCAAUUAUGCACAGAUAACUACAUUAUAAAAAAAAAUCAUCUGAAAUCUUUGUAUUAAUGGAUUGUAUCAGAAUGCAUUUGUACAUAUUGAGCAGUUGAUACAAUUAUAGAGACAGUAAUUUCCUUAAGAUGGCUGGAAACUUUACCCAUCACCAUUAGCAAGCAGAUGACCUGUAACACUGACAAAAAAUUGCAUUGUUUCUUAAUUUCUGCAACAAUAGUUUGUGUGCCUUUUUACAGCCACCUACAAUAUUAAUACACUCUACUUCAAAUUUGCUACAAGGUCAUGCUGAACUGUGUCCUCUUAAAUCAGAAUUCUUAAAUUUGUACACCGCUAAUAAGCAUAUGAUGUAUCAGGCUAACUUCUCAGCGACUGAUGCAGGCAAAGGCGAAGGGACUAUAUGGUAGUUGACUGACAAAAUAAGAAAAUAGUGAAUCAGAAUGGAUGCUCCAACCAAAUCUUGUGUUAGCUAUGCACUAAAUGCUAAAAGUUGAACACCUCAUCACAGCACAUUCUGUAUGUAAUUUAUUCCAUUAAAAAACUCAUGAUUUUUAUGUCUGUAUGUAUGUGUAUAUUUUGAUAUAUGCAUAUAUAUACAGUUUGUCCAUUUUGUCUUAAUUGUAUUUAAAUACUUUUAAAAAUGUGACUAGUUACCCACAUUUGCAGAAAAUAUUUCAGUGCAGGAAACUCCUACACCUUUUCUGGUAAUAUUUAUGAUUACUUAGAGCAAGCUAUUUGCUCUAUAAAUUAGUAUGUAAUUUUUAUAUUGUUUUGAGUUUUUUUUUUAAAACACUGCCUACAUUUUACGAUGUUAGAGCCUUUCAAACAAUAGUAAUAUGUUACAUCAUUUUCUUGAAUUUCCUGAAAUUCUUCUUGUAAUCUCUUGGAAAGGAUUUUAUGUACUGGGUUCUCUUAUGGAAAAUAUAAUUUCUCCAUGAUUUUUAAAAGUAGUUCUGUUGCGGGAAUGUAUUGGUUGUGUCUUUCCACAUUCAUCAUAAGAAGUUCAGUUGGUGCCAUGUUAUUGACAUUCAGUUCAUUUCAGCAAGGUGUCGAGCGACACUUUUUUCUGUUGUUUUUAUUUUGUACAUUUAACUUAUCCAAACCUGCCACUGAAUGACAUACCUUGAAUUCCAAUUAUUUUCUUCAAAUUAUAGAGUUAUAUAAUUUACUGAUUUAAUUUCAUCUUUACUUUUCAUGUAAUCAAAUUCGUCCUAAUUCCAUGAAGGAAAUCAAAUCCACACAAUAUACUGUUAAUCGCCCAAGGACUCAAAAGUGCCACAGUAAAGGCCCUGCCCCACUUUCCCGAGUUACUCACAAAUUCUCCUGAGUUUUCCGCUUGAUUCAAACUCGGAGAAUGUCUGUAGAAGUCCAUAGAUAUUUCGUAGUGGCUUGUAAUGACAGCCGUAGGUACUCAGGGCAUCAGGUAAGUUAAGUUGGGACGUUUUUUCAGCAUGUUGAAAAAUGUCCAUGAGUUAAAAAAAGUAGCCCCGAGUAUGUACGGCUGGCAUCUCCGAGUUUGAAUCGAGGGAAAAUCUCGGGAGAAUUUGUGAGUAACUCGGGAAGUGGGACAGGGACUUAACUCAGCAGGUCAGGCAGCAUAUCUGGAGAACAUAGAUAUGUGCUGUUUCGGGUCAAGACCCUCCAGGCAGAAGUAUUCCCAGAUCCGCAUUCUACAACACGCACCAGGUCCAUACCAUUUACUGUGCAAGUCUUGCUUUGGUUUGUCUUUCCAAGAUGGAACACCCUACAUUUAUCAGAACUAAGCUCCAUCUGGCAUUCCUCGUCUGUUAGCCCAGUUGAUCAAGAUAGCAUUGCAAUCUUAGAUAAUCUUCUUUACUUUUCACCAUAACAAUAAUUUAAGUAUCAUUCUCAAACUUGCCAACCAUGCAACCUGCAAUUAUAUCCAAAUCGUUAAUAUAAAUAAGGAAUGGCCCAGACACACGACAUGUUUACAGUCUCCCCUCUGAAAAACAACCUACCACCACGCUCUGUCUCCUUUUGCUAGCCAAUUUUGCACCCAAUUGGCAAGCCCACUCUGGAUCUCAUGCGAUCCAUUCUUCCAGAUUAGCCUGACAUAUGGUACCUUGUCAAAGGCCUUGCUGCAGUCAAUGUGGCCAACACUUACCACACUGGCCCCAUCGGUCGUCUUGGUCACCUGAUCAAAACAAUCAAUCAGAUUGGUGAGAGACAAUUUCCCGCACACAAAGCCAUGCUGACCAUCUCCAAUUAGUCCUUGGCUUUCUAAAUGCAUUAGAUCCUGUCUUUCAGAAUGUUGGAAGAUAGGCACAAAAUGCUGGAGUAACAGGCAGCAUCUCUGGAGAGAAUGAAUAGGUGACGUUUCGGGUUAAGACUUCUUCAGAAUGUUAGAAUGCAUUGAACAUUGUUCUUUAGAGUUUAGGCUUUCAAUAUUCAAAGUAGUUAAUUUACUAUGACACCUCUUGACAUGGGAGGCCCAGAUGUUAUUUAAGCAGCAACUAAAGUCUGCUGGAUCAUCUCGAUGCUUCUGCACUGCAAUACCAUUCUAACCCAAGGACGCAAGUAAACGUAGAGUGUGAUAGACGCUUUAGUGUUAUCUUGAUGGAUUGAUGCUGUGUAAAAAUCAAAUCCCUGCCAUCAUAAGUAUGAAAGUCUUUGCUUUGUCACAAAAUAAAUUAAGUGUGCUGAAGAGAAAGUUAUUUCAAGAUCCAAGGAUAUACCCUGACUUGGAGAAACGACACCUCAUUCAUUUGCAGUGCCUGAGCAUUACAGAUAUUGAGAGGAAGAUGUCGGUGAUUGUAAAAUAUAACUAGCAAUGAACAUCAAAGCAAUCACUUGCCAAAAAUGUAAACUUCACAAGUAAGAAUCAGACCAUUACAGGAUAUAUGCAAAUAAGGCAGGUAACUGUCCCUGAUUAAAGUGUCUAUAUUGUUAGUAUAUUUAGAUUGUUUUUGGAUAUAUUAUUAGCAGCACAAACAGUUCCUAUGUCUGAAAGGUAGCUUGGCCUUUUUUUCCCAUCAAGUGGAAUCUGAAGAUAUAACCUGGAUUUUUCCAAGGCCUUAUCCCUUAUGCAUUUAUGUUGCGAGGAAAGAAGCUGUGUUUAAUAUUGACUAUAUCCUUUUUUUGUAAUUUGCUGUCACAUUGUAAACUAUGGAUUGCCUGAAUUAAGACACUGCUGUAUGUUUUGGAGAGAACGGAAGAUUGCAUUGCAAGAGCUAUCUACCGCAAGAACUUAAAAAAAAAAAAAAUUCAUGCAUCAUUUCAUAUAAUUGUUUGAAAAGUAAAUUGAUAAUUAUGUUUCUAUCCUAAGAUGCAUAUUAGUAUCCAGGCAGAAUUGUCUUUCCAGGUCUUUCCAGGUUUGCUUGGAUGAUGCCUGUGUACAGUUCCAAAAUAAAAUAAUUAUAUAGUUAGAACUUCAAGAGCAAUGACAGAAUUGAAGGAUUCAGCAUAUAAGCUGAGCUUGAGUCAUGUAAAAGAUGUUAAAAGACCUUUGGAAAAAAUGUAAUUUGUUAACAAUGUUUAUAAUGUUUAUAUUUAUCUAAAUACGAUAAACAGGUCUGCAGGUAUCUUCAUAUUAUCAUUACCAAGGAGUUUAUUUUAAAGAGAAAAUCUGGAAAAUAUAUCUGUACACUCUCAAAAAUUAGAUUUUUUUCUGACCCAUGGCAAAAACUGGUAAGGCCACAUAAUUGUUAAAUGUAUUUGAAAGAAUGAAGUGCUAUGGAAAGUCAUGAGGAAAAUAUUGCAUAAUGCUAAUUUAAAUAUUUUUCUCACUUGUAGCCUCAAAAUAACCGAGCGGAGACCUAUACUCCAUCUAGAUUUGGAAAUAAAUGGCUGCUUCAACAGUAUCACUUGGCCAGAAUCCAGAAACUCCCUCUUUAAAGGCUUUCUGGAAGUACCGUCAUUGUAUCAGCUCCACUGCUGUAAGAAGUUGGCUUGCCUUUACCUUUUAUGCAGUUACAGGGUUGGAUAGUAAAUGCCGCCCUCACCUCUAACACAAGUUCAAAGAUGAACAAAACAUUAAGAUAACUUAUGCAAUUGAUCUAUCAUUUGGAAAGUUUCCAUCAUUAAUACUAUGCCCACUUUGAUGGUUUGAAAACCAAUAUUUUUAAAGCCAAAGUGAUACAGAUGUUUUUCCUACCUUUUUGAAUCAUUGAGAUUGAAGCAUGAAAUGGAUAUAUGGCAUUUCUUAUCACCAGGAGCUGACCCCAAUAAUAUUUGAAGCCUGACGAACAAAUGUCUAGCCUGUUAUUUCCGAGUCAGGUGCAAACUUAAAGCUGUAUAAUCAAAUCAGUUAACUUUUAGUUUGCUAACUACUGAACUGCAAGCAAAAAUGGAGUAAAUCAGCAAGUGGAUUAGAUCCACUUUGAGCUUUGCUCCAUUUUGUUUUGUAAAUAUUUUCAUAAUAUUAUCUGAAGUUUUGUUUGAAAAGCAGGGAAAUGCAGAUCCUGAAAAUCUGAAAAAACUAUAUUGUAAGUACUUUUAGCAAGUAAAGCACCACCUGUGAAGAAUGAAACAAACUUAACAUUUCAGACAUAACCUUUCAUUUGUUCAGUUCUCAUGUGAGGUCAUUUGAUCACUCCACAUAGACUAAUUCCUUCAUCCCUGGAAUGAGUGAUAGUGCAGUUCCUCUGGCAAAUCUUUCAUCAAGUCAAGUCGUUACUUUUAUUUCUAUAGCACAUUUAAAAAACAACUCUCGUUGGCCAAAGUGCUUUACAUUGGUGGAGGUACUAACGUUAUACAACAUUGGUUCCUAGAUUAAGUACAUACAUAAAUACAGACAUAUAACCCUCCCUCAGAGGACGUCAAGAAAGGCUUGAGAGUAAAGAUGAGUUUUAAGUCUCGACUUAAAGGAGUCGAUGGAGGGGGCAGUUCUGAUGGGAAGAGGGAUGCUGUUCCACAGUCUAGGAGCUGCAACCGCAAAGGCGCGGUCGCCCCUGAGCUUAUGCCUAGACCGCAGGAUGUUCAGUAACCCCAAGUCGGCCGAUCUGAGGGACCUGGAGGCGGUGGUGGGGUAAGCAGACUUUUGUUGUAGGUGGAGACAAGCCCGUUAAGGGCUUUGUAGACAUAAAGAAGGAUCUUGAAAUUUAUUCAGAACCGCACAGGGAGCCAGUGGAGAGAGGCCAGAAUCGGGAUGAUGCGGUCCCUUUUUCGGGUGCCCGUCAGGAGUCUCACUGCGGCGUUUUGGACCAGUUGCAGGCGGAACUGGGAAGAUUGGCUGAUGCCAGUGUAAAGGGAGUUGCAGUAAUCAAGGCGGGAGGAGAUAAAUGUGUGGAUGAUCUUUUGAAGGUCGUCAAACUGGAGGAAUUGUUUUAUUUUAGCUAUCGUCCGAAGCUGGAAGAAGCUAGCUUUUACCACGGCAUUGACUUGUUUGUCAAAUUUCAAUGCUGAGUCAAAUAUCACGCCAAGGUUUUUGACGUAAGGUUUGAGUAAUGGGGUAAGGCUUCCAAGGCUGCCUGCCAUCAUUUUGAUUGAGUCCGAGGGGCCGAGAAAGCUGACCUCAGACUUACUCUCGUUUAGUUGGAGGAAGUUCUGGGCCAUCCAACACUUUAUAUCCUCGAGGCAGUGGAUACGGUUAAGUAGAUUUGAUCAGUUUUUGGGCUUCAGGGGGAGAUAGAGUUGUGUAUCGUCUGCAUUGCAAUGGAAGGUAAUGCCGUGCCUUUGAAUGACUUGGCCUAAGGGGAGCAUAUAUAUGGAGAAGAGAAUGGGGCCAAGGAUGGGACCUUGUGGAACCCCGCAGCACAGGCUUACCAAAACUACUCACUGCUCCAGGCCCAGUCUCAUCAAAAUCUUCUAUAAUUGCGGAGUGAAAUCUAUAGUCCGAGUGGAUUUGAUUAUAUAAAAAAAGGCCAAUAUAUGUUUUUUCUUUCUCCACCAUCACAACCCCACCUUGUUUCUGCAUCAACAGCCACCUGGAAAUGUGACAUUGGUCUCCAGUCAACUCCACUUUACAAAUAGCUGGAGCUCAAAUGCACUUUUCCACAGUACUCUGCUGACUAUAGUUUGCCAACCUGAGAAAGAUCAUUUUAUUCCCACUUUGCUUUUGGUCAGAGAACCAGUUCUCAAGUUGCAUCUGUACAUUAUCCCUUGAUCCAUUUGUUCUAAUUUAUUGUCCACUGUGUGGACAUUUAUCCAAAACCUUCUGAAAAUCUCAUUAAUUUGUUGCUUGUAUAUUCUGCUAGAUCUUUAAUAUACUGGAGCUCCAGUAAAUCAGUAAAACUAUUUUACUUGCCCAAUUUUGUGCAGACUGCUCUCAAUCUUAGAUUUUUAACUGUUCAGAAAUUGUGACUCCAGCCACUCCCUCAUCACUAAUACACAAGGUUAACAGGU